AUGGACCGCAUCAAGGAGAAACUCAACUCGCUCCGUGUAGAGGCCGACGCGGCGAGCGAGCGUGCCGAUGAGCUGGCAGCCAAGAACAAGCAGAUGGAGCAGGAGUUGCUCACCAAGGACCAGGAGAUUGCGUCGCUGCAGCACAAGCUGAGCGUAGCCGAGGCGGACCUGGACAAGCUCGAGGGCAAGGUGCACGAGCACAAAACGGCGCGCGAAGAGCACGAAUCCAACGCUACCAACUCGGAAUCGCUGCAGCGCAAGGUCGACGUGCUCGAGAGCGAGCUCGACGCCGCCGAGAAGAACCUCCGCGAGACCACAGACAAGCUUCGACAGGUCGAUGUCAAGGCCGAACACUUUGAACGACAAGUGGCGACCCUCGAGCGCGAGGUGGCACAGUGGGAGAAGAAGUACGAAGAGGCCGAGGAGCGAUACCGCACUUCGAAAGCGGAGCUCGACGAGGUGGUGGCACAGAUGGAGAGCCUCUAG